GAUUCCCGGCUGCCGUAAAACCCCGCAGAAGAAGAAAAAGAAAAAAAGCAGGAGAAGAAGAAGCCUGGUUAGCUAAACAAUGCUAACGCGGCAUGUUUUCAUUCUGGGUGCCGCUAAAAAGUGACUAACACAAAUGGAUCUGGUGUGGGAGGACCCACCAGCUCAUGACGGCGCGUUCUUCACUAAAGAGCUCUAUGACAAAUAUUCCCUUGCCCCCAAUGUCAGAGAACUGUGGCUCCUUCUCAACAGUGAUGUGGAGAACACCAAACAGGAAUGUGAUGGUGGUGCUGCUUCCAAUGAAGAUGAUGCCGAGUUUGAAGACAACGGUUGUGAGAGCAAGGAGUCCUUUCGAGACAGCUGUGAUAACGAUCCAGGCAACGCAUUUGAACGUGCAGAUGAAUGUGAGGACACCAAAAAAUCUAAAGUGAAACCUGGUGUUCCCUACCCUGAGCCCAGGCUGCCCUUCCCCUGUUUGUCCAGCUUGUCCAGCAAAGACCAGAUCACUUAUCUUGGCUUUUUGACGAGUAAGAAGUCCAAGGAUCCGCCACAGAACCUAAGUGCACGAGUACAUAACGAAGUGAUGCAGUUUAGGAUGUACCUGCAAGACGUGGCCAGAAUCUGUGCUGAUGACUACAAUUUCAUAUCACAAGGAGCUAUGCAGUAUUCCGAGGAUUUCUUUAAGGACUGUUUGGAGUACAUUAAGACAUUACCUCAGAGCUACCAGAUCCAUGAGAUGACUAGUUUGACCGGGGGAACAUUCAACCCAGGGCUGAUGCUGACUUUUGAAAAACAGCUGCUGAUUAUGGGUAAUGUGGAUAUUACAGACCACAAGAUAGUGCCUGCUGAUGCACAGCUUGCAUCGGAUUAUCAAAGUGUUUCAUCAGUGUCUCCUCCAGCUAAAAAGGCUAAGGACAUGCACGCUACAAUCAGCAGUGACAUAAAUGCAGAAAAGCUGAGCUCCCGGUAUGAGCCUCAUGUGUGUCUAACGCGAGAUGCUCUAGUUAGGCUGUUGGACAACCAUGGCCCUGACUUUAAGGAGAACUGGGAACUGCCUGUUUUGGUCAAAUUAAACCAAGCCAAAGGCAGUAGCCAGAAGAAGACUGUGUAUAUAGACUCACCUCUUCUUAAGACUGAAGCUACAACAAGAGACAGGAGUCAUAUUUACCAUGAGGAGAGUUUGAAGCUGUCCAUUAAAAAGAAUGGAAGUAAGGAUGUGUUUCAUUUAAUGACAGAACGUCCAGUGGAUGAGAAGCAAUUAUCUGAGGAGAGCUCACACAGAAAUUUAGUGUCUUUUGAAAACACGGGUCUGGACUUUGAGGUGGAUCUCACCGACCUGGAAACAUUUGGAGAGGUGGCACCCAGCAAAACCUCCAAGCUUCAAAAAAAGCAGAAUGACAAGAAUGCUGUUGUCAAAAGUAAAAAAUGUGAAGGUUCCCAGACGUUAAAGAAGAGUAACAGGUCCAGUGAGCUUCUGGAUAAAAGUGGAAUGAACACUUCCUCCACAGAUAUCGACGAUCCAACGACGGAGCAAACCGUUCUGCCUCUGAGUAAUUCCCGGAUACAGGACUGUGCACAGGAAAGCAAUGAACACCUGGCAUCUACAGAAGACUCUGGUGCUGGUGAUGAGGACGAUGACGACGACGACAAGCUAGUCAUUGAUGACAACGUUUCUCCAUCUGCAACACCUACGACACAACAUACACAAAACACUGCACCCUCCCUCAUUACCACUGGGUCUGACGCAACCCCAGAUUUACCUUCCCCUCAAAAAGGUAAAAGGCGGACCCGACAGCCCAAGCCACCUAAAGUGACUGGUGAUCAACUAGGAGAGAUCCUGCGAAUGCAGACCGCAAUGUUCUCUCACUCUGCCAGUGACACACCCAAAUGUUCCACCAUGUGCCCAGAGACAAACCCGUCCUCCCAAAACCCAGCACCCACAGUUCACUCUCACCCAACGUCUCUAGUUAAGCCCUGCGUGACCUCAUAUUUGGAGAGGACCCAGAACCAGGAGGGAGAGGCCAGUGCUGGCCCUCUUCAGUCUCCACCACUGGUGAACAUUGUUUCUACAGAGCACAAAAGAAUACUGUCACAAGAACUGCAGGCUGGUGCAGAAGAUGAACACGACUAUGAUGCCCCAGAGGGGGGCAACCUGCUCUACAAGCUCUACAGCCUGCAAGAUCUGCUGCUUAUGGUGCGCAGCUCUGUGUCACUGACCCAUACCAGAAACGUGGGCAGCAACCAGAACCAGUAUGUGCCAGUGAAAGUGUUGCCCAAGCUGGAGUACCAGAUGAGUUAUGGUGUUGAGUGCCUGACCAACAGUGAGGCCUGCCAGCUUUGGACAGAGACGUUGCUCCACUCCAGCACAGUUUCCUACAUUGCUCACAUCAAUGCACACACAUCAAAAGUCGCUUUGCUGAGGAAGCUGCCUGACGACUGGAGACAGAACAUCUCCUGCGAGUUCAAACCAUCCAAAUCCCUGAAUAUACUUCACCACCUACUGAAAAAGAUAAUUGGCUUAGAUGAAGGACAGUACCUGAUUGUGCACAAAGCUGGGGAGCCAUUUGUCACCUUGUUGAAAGCAGCUACCGGGAAAGCGAGUCGGGGCGUGUACAACCUGCAGCAGAUGCACGGCUCUGUCCCACAGCCUCCCGCCUCUAACCACGUGCCCUGGAUACCUGUUGAUUCAGCUGUGGUCCUGCCCUUCCACCAGGAGCACGGUCGCGUCCCCUGCACCUUCCCACCAAAAGCGUUCCUGAAGGAAGCAAAGGAGCGGCCGUCGCAGUUCAACAAUCACAGCCCUGGACAGCCUAAUGCAGGAAAAACCUCAAAGAACAAAAGAAAACGUGCAGCCAAGCGCAACAAGUAUAUUAAAAAACUACUUCAUAAGUCCGUCUGACUUGCAUCUAUUAUGGAGGUCGAUAUGUCAUUUUAUAAUAAUUCAUAAUUCAAAACUUGUACUGACUAGAAGAGGAAAAACAGGAUUAGGCUCCUCACUGGAAACGAGCCUGGAUGUGGAUGAAAAUGAGCACUUCCUUCGAAUCAUGUUUUGUGUAUUUUGUAAAUAAGGAAAACAGCAGCAAUAAACUCGUGUUUGUGUGGUGA